GCCGAGGAAUUCAGCCUGCCAUGACAUGCGAGGGGAAACGACCUUGACUUAUCGUCAGACCUCGAAAGCAGAUUAACAUCCGUUGAUUAUCACGUCGCUAGCGAGUUGGAGCUAGCAGUAUUAGCUAGCUUAGCUAAAGGAAACAGAUGCUACCUAGAAUCACCUAAUGCUACCUAAAUCAGUUUGGCUUGGCUUAGCACCGCAGAGUGUUUUUGGCUAAAUAUCAGUUCGGUUUGUCAGGCAUGCCCAGGGCUGAGACAGGUUGUUUGAAGGUUCCAGUUCUCUUAAGUUUUCCCCGUGUUCUUUAUUAAAACGGAAGCAUAGUCGGCACCAGAAGUAAAUACGUGCCCCCCCCCCUGCUGUGGAAAGCACGGAUGUAACGUUAGCUGACAGUGUGGACUUGGAGAAGAGACGAUGGACGGAUUUGACCAUGUUCAUGCUAAAUGUCGGUUUCAAGUGUGUGGCAGACCUCUGUAGUCCCUGCGACCUCUGAGAUACCCAGCUGCCAUUUCAUUACACACUAUCUGGAGUAUGGCUAAGCACGCUGAGGACCUCAGCUUGGCAAAGGAUCGCCCCUUCGCUGACCAUGCCCCGCAUCAUUGUUCAGAAAAGAAUCCAGACAGGAUCUAUAUGGACUACAAUGCUACCACUCCACUGGAACCAGAAGUGAUCCAGGCCAUUACUGAAGCCCUGCACGAAGCCUGGGGAAACCCGAGUAGCAACUACAUAGCAGGUGCCAAGGCCAAGGCAAUCGUGAAUCAGUCCAGAAAGAAUGUGGCGAGAAUGGUUGGGGGGAAGGCAGAGGACAUCAUUUUCACCUCAGGUGGAACAGAGGCCAAUAACCUGGUGCUCCACACUGCCGUAGAGCACUUCCGGAGAAACGGCAGGGCUGCAGAGCUAGCUGAAGGGCGCCAGAAUGGAUGCACUGGCCUUCCUCACAUUAUCACCUCCAACGUGGAACAUGACUCGGUCAAACUAGCAGCUGAGCACCUACAGAGGGAUGGCAAGGCAGAUGUUACAUUUGUGCCUGUGUCUGAGACGACAGCCCGUGUACAGGUGGAGGAUAUCAUGGCUGCGGUGCGUCCCAACACUUGUCUCAUUUCCAUCAUGCUGGCCAACAACGAGACAGGAGUCAUCAUGCCAAUCCGGGAGAUCUGCCAGAGAAUAAAAUCUCUCAACAAGCAGCACGAGCGGCUCAGGAUCCUGCUUCACACUGAUGCUGCCCAGGCUCUAGGGAAAAUCCCAGUAGAUGCCUGUGAACUGGACGUGGAUUACCUCACCAUAGUGGGACACAAGUUCUAUGCCCCUCGGAUCGGUGCUUUGUAUGUGAACGGCCCUGGAACAAGAACACCAUUGUAUCCGAUGCUGUUUGGAGGAGGACAGGAGAGAAACUUCAGACCAGGCACUGAAAACACACCGAUGAUUGCUGGUCUGGGAAAGGCUGCAGAGCUGGUGACCUCUAAUCUGUCAGAUUAUGGGAGUCAUAUGCGAAGCACCAUACUUUACUUGGAAGAGCGACUGCGGGCCGUCUUUAAAGACAGGAUCCACUUCAACAGCCAUUACCCCGGCUCUGAUAUCCUCCCCAACACAUGUAAUGUGUCUAUCCUGGGCCCAACAUUACAAGGCUGGAGGGUAUUGUCCAACUGCAGGAGGCUGCUGGCCAGUGUCGGUGCUGCCUGCCAUUCAGACAGUGGAAACAGGCCCUCCCAUAUCCUUCUGAGCUGCGGCGUCCCCUCAGAGGUGGCAGCCAAUGCGUUGAGGUUGAGCGUGGGCAGGGGGACGACCAAAGAAGAUGUGGAUGCUGUCGUGGAGGAUCUGAGGGAAACGGUGCGGCUGUUGGAACUAAUUAACUGAUGGGUGCGAUGUGCACGAACUAAAGUUAUCCUGAAUGUCGAAUAAGGAUGUACAGAAUUAAAAAUUCGUCGGUGUUUAUUGUAACAUUAAAUGAUCAUGUAAAAUGGAUGAAAUAUUUAAUAUAAACAAUAAAAGGGAAGAACUUGAAGUGACCUGAGGGGUGAUGUUAUAGAGAGAUGCAUGUACUCAGCUUCUA